AUGCGCCGCGCAGACCUAUGGGAGCAGCUGCAGGGGGAGGGCAGACUCCAUUAAUGACCGAGGACAUGGGGAGGUUUAGAUGUUCAGAUCAGGGCAGCAGCAGCAGCAGCAGCAGAGAGGAGGGUGCGUCACAUUUUACGGUGGACUGAUCUCAGCCUUCACUGUCGCCGGUGUCUGAAACAGGAGGCAACGAUGAGGCCGAGGCACUGGCUGUGAGUCUGAGGAGAGGAGGGAUUGUUGCGCACUUCAAACCCUGGCUAUAGCAGAACUCAUUGUGGAUUUUAUGAGAUCUGAGGGGGGACAUUUGGAUUCUUUGGAUGUUAUAAUAUCCCACUUUGAGUCGUGGUAAACUGAAACUAUAAGACUGUUACAAGAGGAGGAGCUGUAGCAGGAGGAAAAAGAGCGGGAUGAGAGUGUAUUCUUCAGGGAACAGGGACGUUUUUUAGGUAAACAGGCCUCACAUGUACAUAUCUAGUACUCACACACUCACGUGCAGUAAAAAUCCAAGGUAGUAUGGGUAAUUUAGGCCAGUAACGAGCACUUGGACUUGAAGCUCUGCUUGGAGUUUUUACGCACUCGUUUAACCAGUGCAAAUUAUAUUUAUAAUGUGAUAAUAUUGAUGUUUAAAUAUCGGAAUCAGUCAAGCCGAGUAUGAAAGUAGACCCGAGAAAAAUAACUUUGAUCACUCUGGGACUUUGGUCUCUGUUGCCUUUAGAAUUGUCCUAACUGUGUACGUCCUUCGCCUACGUGUAUAUUUUCUCUUCUUUUGGACCAUUCUCUGAAAAAACAAAUGGUUAAAAUUCCAAAAGGUAGUCAGUGUUUGAAAUACUUAUUAAGACAUGCUCGGUUUGAUCUUUACAAUGUCUGCAAGGCGAGUAUUCAAAAUGAAAAUGUCCUUAUAUAUUCACUACACUGUACAUUACAAUCGGUCUUAUUUACUUAACUCAAUUGCAAAUAAUACGUUGAUUUGCACAGAAAAUGUAGGAUCUUAGGAUGUGUAUCAUCGAAAGCCCCGGUCUUUUCGUAGCAUUGAAAAAAAUAUUUUUUGCUGGUACCAGUUUGAGUAUCUUAUUAUUUUUGUAGUUUAUAUUUUAUGAAUGUUCUUAGAUGAUAUGACAUGUAUUAUUUUGAUGAAAUUGACGGACUCGAAUAAAUAAUGUUUUGAAGUAGGGUAACAUGUCUUGUGCAUUUAGAUGUCAAAUAACCGAAUUCAAUAACAGAACAAAUAAAAGGGAGCGAUUUUAUAGCUACGUUAAUAGAUUCUAGGAUAGAAAGUCGUGAUAAUAAUUUCGAUAUAUUUUACUUUAAACCUAUGCGGAAUAAAGGGGCGGCGUGCUAAUGUUCUGCAAUGUAUAGUAAAAUAUGCCUCGACAAAAUGUGUUUUUACAACGUUAAAAACUGCAUUUACUAAAAAAAAACACAAUUCUGAGAAAGGUAUUAAUUGAUUAAUUAAGUUGAAUCUAAUUAAUCAAUUAAUACCUAAUUAUAUAUCUAAUUAAUCAAAUAAAUCUGCACGAAUUUCCUAAUCCUGCUCCUAAUUUAAACGUAUUAAGAAAAAUGAACACUAUAAAAUAUUUUAUGUGACCCUAUUUUUGUUUCUGUGCACCAAGGCCAAUAAGGCCAAACUUUUCUCCUAUUCUAAAUAAUUUGCAAUAUUCAAAUAUUUCCACUUUGUAUAUUAACCAAAUAAUAAGUUUGAUUUGCAGUUAGUGGAAAUGUGCAAUUUAAAUACAUCCAUCCAUCCAUCCAUCCAUUUUCAUCCGCUUAUCCGUUACCGGGUCGCGGGGGCAGCAGUCGCCACCCAAAUCACAUUGCACCGUACCAAACCUUCCUGCGGGUGGUGAGUCCACUGGAAGGUACCAAUUUAAAUACAGUUAGUUUGCAAUUUUAUAAAGUGUAAUUAAAUUUCAACUUCGUAUUUGUAUCUUUUAAAUUUAAUUCAAACCAUUGUGAGUGCAUUUUGGAGCAAACUAUAGAAAAAAAUGUGUACUGUAAAAAAAAAAAAAAAAUCUAUGUGUGUGUGUGUAUGUGUCAGUUGACCAUGGCAAACGGAGGAGACCAGUUUGGACUUUCAGGUCGCCCGGACUCGGACUGUAAUGAAUCUCCAAAAGAGAACGAACCUGAGACUCCGAGCUUUAGUUGCAGUUCUCCAGCUUCACCUCAGACAACGACCAACCAACAGGGAAUGGAAGGAAUCAACGUGUUCCUUCAUGACAGAGAACUGUGGAGAAAAUUUGACGAAGUUGGAACUGAGAUGAUCAUCACUAAAGCUGGAAGGAGGAUGUUCCCUAGCUACAAGGUGAAGGUCACAGGCCUCAACCCAAAAACCAAGUACAUUCUCCUCAUGGACAUCGUGCCGAGGGAUGACAACCGCUACAAGUUUGCAGACAAUAAAUGGUUGGUAACGGGAAAAGCUGAGCCCGCCAUGCCGGGGAGACUGUACGUCCAUCCAGACUCUCCGGCCACCGGAGCUCACUGGAGCCGUCAGCUGGUCUCCUUCCAGAAGCUCAAACUCACAAACAACCAUCUGGAUCCAUUUGGCCAUAUAAUACUCAACUCCAUGCACAAAUACCAGCCUCGUCUCCACAUCGUCAAGGCGGACGAGAACAACGGCUUCGGCUCCAAGAACACAGCCUUCUGCAGCCACGUCUUCUCUGAGACGGCCUUCAUCGCCGUGACGUCCUACCAGAACCACAAGAUUACACAGCUGAAGAUUGAGAACAAUCCCUUCGCCAAAGGCUUCAGAGGCAGCGAUGACAAUGAACUGCACCGCAUGGCAAAGCUUCAAGGGAAGGAUUACCCAGUGGUUCCACGUAGUACUGUGCGUCAGAGACUGUGCUCCAGUGGGAGCCCCUUCAGUGGGAAGGGUCAGGGAGUGAUGGUCUCUCCUGAGGCUGUUGCUUCUCCCUAUAGCUGUGAAAAUGGCCUGAAGAGCAGCAGCAGUCCACAAGAGCUGAUGGCUGCUCCCCCUACUCACUGCACCUCGCCUCACCCUCAGCCCCCACCUCAGCUGCAGCACAGCCAGCAACAGCAGCUCUACCAAUGCAGCAAGAGAAAACGGGUGGAAAACUAUCCAUCAGAAAACCACCAGCACCAAUACAAGAAGCCCUUCACUAGUAGCUCAACAACUGAAGGCGAGUUGUAUUAUCAUCCCUCCUCCUCCUUUCCCACUUCUCCAACUGGUCUGCCCACCAACACGGGCCAUGGUCUCGCGGACGCCCCCUACAGCUCAGAUAUGGGACAGCGUCAAGCCUGCAUGUUUGCCAACUUGGAGCCUAGAAUGGACGAACCCGGUUUUUCAUCCUGGUCAUACCCUUGUACCCUGCCCUCUUCAAUGACACCUAUGGAACAUUACCCUCCCUACACCCCGCAUCCUCCCUACAGCUCCAGCCCUCAGGGCUCCCGACUAAGCACCGUAGCCCAUCAGAGCACUCCCCUGAUGGGAGAACACAUCCCCCCGGAGCUUUAUCAGAACCAGAGCCCUGGACCUCUGUCCCUGAACUGCCACAACGUUCACAGCCCUCCUCUUAGAGAGCAUCCACGAUACACAUCAAGUCUUUCUCCUCCACUUUACCACACACUUGAGACACACACACACAUCAGGUGUGGAGUUCCAGAGUGGAGUGCUGCCUCUUAACUAUAAUAGUGGACAAAUAUGGAAUGGCUAAGUGGGUGGAAUGUGUCGAAAUCAAAAUGCUGCACCGGAUUCAGACUAAACAUGAUACAACUGUUGUAACGUUAUUGGGCAAAGUUUGUGUUAUGUGGACAAUUCUCAUCUGUUAGCAAUGUCUGCCUUCUAUGAUGGAACGAGUCCUGAUGAGGACUGGACGUGGACAUGCCCGAAGCUUCUGAUGUCGGAAACAAAAAUAAUUCUUUCAUAAAGACUGAUGUCAUCCAAAUGUUUGCACUGUCAGGCCUUCAAGGACACACUGUAAACAGCAUCAAGCACCAAUGAAUCCUAUUCUUUGAAUUGUCAAGAAUGUAAAUAACCAGACGGUAACAACAAAAACCAACAAAAGAAUCUUUAAUAAGAACCCAAAGCAGGAAUAAUUCUCCGAAGCAGUUCAAAUCUGAUUUUUAUUCUCAGACUCGGUGAGAAAAGAUUUUAAGUUUUAGCUUUAGCAUAUUUAGUAUCUCUCAAUGUAAAAUCUGUGUCAGCGUCACUGACGGAUACUGUGUUGAUGUCAGAUGAGACAGACAGUAGUAGCUGCCAGUGCGUCACUUUCCUAAUGAAUAUGUUGUUUAGACCACACUACAGGCAGAAGGACCUGUAGAUAAAGCAGCAUUUUGGGUAAAUGCCCAGGUGACCAAUCAUCUUAGUCUGCUCACAAGCAGCCAACCAGUAAACACAAACAUCUUUCCUGCACCUAGCUGCCCAUUUAAGGCCUAAGAAACAGACACAUGCAGCUGCCUCUACAAACACUGUUAAUAUUCAGUGAUGGUUGUCAAGAGCUUGACCGUGUUGCGUUGUGCUUUAAGUAAUAUUUUGAGUAUGUUCAAAAGCAAACAGCAUAGUCUUUAGUCUGGCACCAGUGGUCGGGAUGAUGCAGUCUGGCUAUGACUGCAGAGAAAAUGACAAUUUGUUUUGGACCAAAUUUUGCUUAUGACCUCAGGUAGCAGUGCCACAUGUUGAAAACUGCCAGGUUACUCAUUUAACAACAUUUAGAUGAGGGUCACACUGCAAUUGUUGUUGUUAAUUGUAAAUAAAAAUGUGUGGGCCCUGGUAUUUUUGUGUAGCCGGCAUUUUAUAUAGUUCAUCUGCACAUGUGUUGAUGUUGUACUACAGAUACUUUUACCAAUGCAAACCAUUAUAUUACAGGGAUCAGACGAUUACCAUUCCUUGAAAUAACAGAUAUGUUUGCAUUUUUUGUGAUAGAAAUGUUUGUGUAUUAUUAAAUAAUUUCUUGCGAAUAAUAUUUAUUACUUAAUUUUCAACUCCAGUGUCUCCAAACUGAUUCAUAAUUGUGAUAAACUCCUGCUUAGACAUGUUUCUGUUGGAUGUAAAUAAAGA